AAUUUGAAUUUUAAAUUCGAUGCGAUGCAGAUCGCCUGUCGGCCUCUUCCCUGAACUGCGUUUUCACUUAGUUUGAGGUUGAGAAUUUUAUUAGAAGAACAGAAUGGAUAAUGUUCACGUGGCCAUUCGGCUAAGGCCGUUCAUCAAAAGAGAAACAGAGAGUGACGCUCUUCACUAUUGGAAGGCCGAGGGCAAGAACGUCCAGCAAUACGAUGCAAGGGGGAAGGCCACAGGAAAGCCAUAUACAUUCGAUCGUGUGUUUGAUGAGAAUGAGACAACCGUUGACGUCUAUGAAGAGAUAGCACAUCCAAUCAUUGCAUCAGCUAUGGAUGGCUACGAUGGCACAAUAUUUGCUUAUGGACAAACGAGCAGUGGGAAAACCUUCACCAUGCAAGGGUCGCGUCUUUCACCUGGUAUCAUCCCCAGUACCAUCAAUGAGGUCUUUGACUCCAUUGAAAAUACACCAGACAGGGAGUUUUUGCUUCGAGUGAGCUACGUGGAGUUGUACAAUGAGGCCAUCACAGACCUCCUGUCCAACACCAGUGAAAAGAAGCAACUCAACAUAAGAGAAAAUGGGGAGCGUGUCUACGUCAGUAACCUUACUGAAGAGGUAUGCACAAGCUCAAGCCAAAUCCUGAAAUUCAUGAGGUUGGGCGAUGCCAGGCGACAUGUAGGGAGAACCAAUAUGAAUGAACACAGUAGCCGUUCCCACACCAUAUUCUGUAUGAUCAUUGAAUCAAGAGGAAGAAGACAGGAAGGUGAUGGCGCAGUCAAAGUAGCCCAUCUGAACCUAGUCGACCUUGCUGGAUCGGAACGGGCAACAGAAACCAAGGCGGAAGGCGCAAGACUCAAGGAAGCCUGUAAUAUCAACCAAUCUCUCUUCGUGCUGGGGACGGUCAUCAAUCGUCUGGCCUCGGGAGCUGACUUUGUGCCUUUCAGAGACUCCAAACUCACCAGGAUCUUAUCGUCAUCGUUGGGUGGGAACGCCAAGACGGCCAUCAUCUGUACUAUCACGGCAGCCUCACUGGAACAGACACAAUCUACCCUACAGUUUGCGACUCGGGCUAAAACGAUCAAGAACAAGCCAGUGAUGAAUGAAAUCUUGUCUGACGAGGCCCUCAUGCAGAGGAUGAAAAGAGAGAUCCACACUCUCAAGAAAAGAUUAGAAGAAUCGCAGGUUCCAUCGGCAUUGACAGACGGUGAGAAGGAGGCCCUCUUGAGCCAAGAAAGGGACAGGAUGAAGAAGGAAGUCAUGAAAGAAAUGCAGGAAAAAAUGGACUACUUCAAUAACAUGGUGGUCGUCUCGAAGGGUGGGGGAACCCCCAAGAAACAGCUGAAGAGAAAGCCCCGACGCGAGACCUGGUGCCCCGGCAUGCAGCUGCAGCCCCUUAUACUACCCUCCCGUCCUGCCAUGCUGAAAAUCCAGGCAAGCCCGGUCUCGGAGACACCAAGCAUUGACAUGUCAUCGCUCCCAGAUACAUCAGAGACUGACCCUCGAACUUCAAUCUCCAGUGAAUCAGUCAGCAGCAUCAGCAGCAAUGAAUUCAACGAAGAAAAUGCAGAGGAAUUCAGAGCUAUGGUGUGUCAGGAAGACCUGGCUGCCGACUUACCGGACCUGGACAUCGAUUACUCUCGGAAGACCAAGCGUAGGAGGGCCAGCGUCCGCUUUGGGGAGGACGCGGUCUACAGCUUUGAACCUGUAGAAUAUAGCAAGGAAAUGGGAUGUCAGACAGAGGAGGUGAAGGCUGAUGAUGACAGAGAGAUACAAGUUGCUGUAGAAAUUUUGACGAAAGAGAACGGUGCCCUCAAGGAUAGGCUGGAGGAGAUGAUGACUAAAGACGAUAAGUCGGAAGAACUCCUUGCAGUGAAGGAAGAGAUUGGAGAUCUAAGAUUUCAGUUGAUGCAGAAAUCCGAGGAGUAUGACGAACUUCUUCAAUAUACCAAAUGGGAAGACAAGUGCAUCAAAGAUCAAGAGUCUGAAUACCUGAGUGAAAUUGCCAAUCUGAGAGAGGAUCUGAAAGGGAAGGAGAAAGAUCUUAGCAAUGUUGAGGCCAAGCUUACAGCUCAGCUGACUCAGUCAGAAAAUGAAAAGAAGGAUCUCGAGUUCCAGCUGGAUGCAGAGAAAGAGCGCCACCGAUCAAUGACCUCUGAACUCCGGCAGCAACUGCAGGAGGCUUAUGAUAAAUUGAAUGAAAAGGCAGAGGGACCAACUGCAGAAGGUGCAGAGAUGGAGGACAAGGAGGAGAUCCGGCAAAAAGUGGUUGAACUGGAGUUAAGGUUAGCUGAAGCACUGAAGGAGGUGGAGACUUUGAAAGAGAAGGGUGUCCAGAAGGAUGAAGUGAUUAUGGAACUGGAGACAAAGUUUGCCACUGCGUUGCAGGAGAAAGAAGGUGUGAAAGAGGAGAAAGUUCAAGAGCUGGAGUCAAGACUGGCCGGCAUGCUGGUGGAGAUGGAGGAUGGGAGAAAAGAGGCAGUCGUCCAAGAGCAGAAGGUGUGUGACCUGGAGGCAAAGCUGGCCAGUGUUAUCCAGGAGAGGGAAACCCUGAGGGAGGAGGAGACCUUGCACAAAGAGACAAUGAUGGAUCUAGAAUUAAAGUUGUCCGUUCUCCAAGAGCAAGAGGGCAAGAAAGAGGUGGAACUUACAGAGCUGAAGAUGAAGUUGGUUAAUCUAAUGCAGGAGAUGACAGAACUUAAUGAAGACAAGAACUUGAAAGGAGAGAAGAUUGCUGAACUAGAGUUGCUAUUAGCUAGUGCACCAGAGGAAGACUUUGAUGUGAAAGAAGAUAAAGUCCUAGAGCUGGAAUCUCGUAUGGCGAGCGUUCUCCAGGAAAUGGAAUCCUUGAGAGAAGCAGAAGGACAGAAAGUUGAGAGAAUUUCUGAGCUUGAGUCAAGAUUAGGUGAGGCUGUACAUGGGAAGGAGAGUGAAGUAGAGAUUAAAGUAACAGAGCUGGAAUUAGAGCUAGACUCUGCUCUCCAAGAGGUAAAUGCACUAAGGGAAGAGAAGAUAGUGAAGGAAGAGCGAAUAGGUGAGCUGGAGUCAAGACUGGCCAGUAUGCCGGUGGAGAUGGAGGAUGUAAAGAAAGAGGCAGCUGUCCAAGAUCAGAAGGUGUGUGACCUGGAGGCAAAGCUUGCCAGUGUUAUCCAGGAAAGGGAAACCCUGAGGGACGAGGAGACCUUGAACAAACAGAUAAUGUUGGAUCUAGAAUUAAGGUUGUCCGUUCUCCAAGAGCAAGAGGUCGUGAAAGAGGUGGAACUUACAGAGCUGAAGAUGAAGUUGGCUAAUCUCAUGCAGGAGACCAAAGAACUCAAUGAAGACAAGAACUUGAAAAAGGAGAAGAUUGCUGAACUAGAGUUGCUAUUAGCUAGUGCACCAGAGGAAGACUUUGAUGUGAAAGAAGAUAAAGUCUUAGAGCUGGAAUCUCGUUUGGCGAGCAUUCUCAAGGAAAUGGAAUCCUUGAGAGAAGCAGAAGGACAGAAAGAUGAGAGAAUUUCUGAGCUUGAGUCAAGAUUAGGUGAGGCUGUACAUGGGGAGGAGAGUCAAGUAGAGAUCAAAGUGAUAGAGCUGGAAUUAGAGCUGGACUCUGCUCUCCAAGAGGUAAAUGCACUAAGGGAAGAGAAGAUAGUGAAGGAAGAGCGAAUAGGUGAGCUGGAGUCAAGACUGGCCAGUAUGCCGGAGGAGAUGGAGGAUGGAAAGAAAGAGGCAGCUGUCCAAGAUCAGAAGGUGUGUGACCUAGAGGCAAAGCUUGCCAGUGUUAUCCAGGAAAGGGAAACCCUGAAGGAGGAGGAGACCUUGAACAAACAGAUAAUGAUGGAGCAAGAAUUAAGGUUGUCCGUUUUCCAAGAGCAGGAGGGUGAGAAAGAGGUGGAACUUACAGAGCUGAAGAUGAAGUUGGCUAAUCUCAUGCAGGAAACCACAGAACUUAACGAAGACAAGAACUUGAAAGAAGAGAAGAUUGCUGAACUAGAGUUGCUACUAGCUAGUGCACCAGAGGAAGACUUUGAUGUGAAAGAAGAUAAAGUCUUAGAGCUGGAAUCUCGUUUGGCGAGCGUUCUCAAAGAAAUGGAAUCCUUUAGAGAAGCAGAAGCACAGAAAGAUGCAAAAAUUUCUGAACUUGAGUCAAGAUUAGGUGAGGCUGUUUAUGGGAAGGAGAGGGAAGUAGAGAUCAAAGUGACAGAACUGGAAUUAGAGCUGGACUCUGCUCUCCAAGAGGUAAAUGUACUAAGGGAAGAGAAGAUAGUGAAGGAAGAACAAAUAGGUGAGCUGGAGUCAAGGCUUGCCAGUGUCCAACAAGUUAAAGAAAGUGAAGCAGAAGGUAGUGCUGUCGAGUCAGACUCAGAUGAUGUCCUGCGUGAGUUGGAGUCCCUGAAGGAAGAUAAGAUUCGUAGAGAAGAGAAAAUAGCCGAGCUGAUGACGUGGUUGACCACUGGGAUGCAGGAGAUAGAAAGUCUUAAGCAGGAGAAGGAUGCUGGAGAAGCGCAUAUAAUGGAAUUGGAAUCUAGACUAGCUAACGCUUCAGGGUCGACAAGCGAGGAGAACAGAGUGGCAGAACUGGAAUCUCAACUGAGCAAAGUACUGGAAGAGUUGGAGUCACUGCAAAGAGAGAAGAAUGUAAAGGAAGACAAAACAGUGGAGCUUGAGUCACGGUAUGCUGUUGUUCUUGAAGAAUCAGAGGCUUUGAAGGAAGAAAAGGACUCGAAAGAUAAGCAGAUGGCGGAUGUUCUUGAGAAAAUGGAAGCUCUGAAAGAAGAGAAGAACUCAAGAGAACAGCAGCUGACCGAGCUCGAGGAAAUGUUAGCCAGAGUGUCGCAGGAGCAGGAAACUAUGAAGGCGGAAGAAAUCCUGGAAUUGGAGUCUAGGUUGUCCAGUCUCCAACAGGAGAUGGACGCUUUGAAAGAAGAAGAGAAGCGGAAAGAGGACCAGAUGACUAAGCUAGAAACCAGACAUGCAGAAUUGAUUGAUGAGAUGGAGACAAUGCAAGAUGAUCUCACUAGAGUCAAAGUUGAGAAGGCUGAACUUGAAGCAGAAUAUUCUGAAGUUACGACAAAGAAGCAGAUAAAUGAGGAGAGUGAGUCCAGAUGGCAGGGAGUAUGUGAAGAGAUGAGAAAAGCCCUGCAAGACGCUGAGAGUGAGAAACAGAGAUCAGAGGCUGCUCUAGAGAAGGCGAUGGAAGCACAGGAGCAACUUGAGCAACAAUGCAUCAAACUGAAAAACCAGGUAAAAGAAACGAUACUUAGUAAAGGACGAGAAAUUGAUGAUAUAGAGUCAAGAACUGAUGCUGCUUGUCAAGAGUUAGAAAGGGAGCUGGGAGCCGAGAAGGCCAAGGUUCGACAAGCGGAAGAGAAAGUGGAACAACUUGAGCUACAAUGUGUCCAAAUGAAAAAUCGUGUUAAAGAAACGAUACUUAGUAAAGGCCGAGAAAUUGAUGAUAUAGAGUCAAGAACUGAUGCUGCUUGUCAAGAGUUAGAAGAAGAGCUGGAAACUGAGAAGGCUAAGGUUCGACAAGAACAAGAGAAAGUGUCACAGUAUGAACAGACAUGCAAUGAAUUAAAACAUCAUCUCAAAGCCAAAGAUGAGGAAAUUGACAGGCUUAAAGAAGACAGGAGAGAUAUUUCUUACAAACAGGAGAUGAGAUUGCAAGGAGAGUGUGAGAACUUGAGAAGAGCCGUGCAAGAAACAGAAGGAGACAAACAGAGACUAGAAGCUGCUUUACAGAAAGCAAAAGAGAAGCAGGAACAACUUGAGCAACAAUGUGUCCAAAUGAAGAACCGGGUAAAGGAAACGAUACUUAGUAAAGGCAGAGAAAUUGAUGAUAUAGAGUCAAGAACUGAUGCUGCUUGUCAAGAGUUAGAAGAAGAGCUGGAAACUGAGAAGGCUAAGGUUCGACAAGAAAAAGAAAAAGUAGAGCAACUUGAGCAACAAUGCAUCAAACUGAAGAAUCAGGUCAAGGAAACGAUACUUAGUAAAGGCAGAGAAAUUGAUGAUAUAGAGUCAAGAACUGAUGCUGCUUGUGAAGAGUUAGAAAGAGAGCUGAAAGCUGCAAAGACUACAGUUCGACAAGCCCAAGAGAAAGUGUCUCAGUAUGAACAGACAUGCAAUGAAUUAAAAUAUCAUCUAAAAGCCAAAGAUGAAGAAAUUGACAGGCUUAAAGAAGACAGGAGAGAUAGUUCUUACAAACAGGAGAUGAGAUUGCAAGGAGAGUAUGAGGACUUGAGAAGAACGGUACAAGAAUCAGAAGGAGACAAACAGAGACUAGAAGCUGCUUUACAAAAAGCAAAGGAAAAGCAGGAACAACUUGAGCAACAAUGUGUCCAAAUGAAGAAUCGGGUAAAAGAAACGAUACUAAGUAAAGGCAGAGAAAUUGAUGAUAUAGAGUCAAGAACUGACGCUGCUUGUCAAGAGUUAGAAGAAGAGCUGGAAGCCGAGAAGGAUAAGGUUCGACAAGAAAAAGAAAAAGUGUCACAAUUUCAGCGUAUGUGUGACGAAUUGAAAGACAAUCUCAAAGCCAAAGAUGAAGAAAUUGACAGGGUCAAAGAAGACAAGAGAGACAUCUCUUAUAAAAAGGAGCUUUUGGAGAAACAAUGCGCGAAGAUGAAAAAGCAGGUGAAGGAAACGGCAAUGAGCUCUGUCCGAGAUGUCGGCGAGGCGGAGUCAAGGACUAAUGCCGUGUGUAAGGAACUGGAAGAGGAGCUGGAGGCAGAAAAGACCAAGGUCAAAGAAGCCCGAGAUAGAGUGAAUUGGGAAAUCAACGCACUAAAAAUGGAGCAUGAGAGAAAAGUCGUCAAGUUAGAGGACAGAAUCAGAGAUCUAGAGUCGGAGAGGAAGUUCCUUGAUGAGAAAAACAAAGAAUAUAGACACGAGCUGAGACGAGAACACAAUAGAGUGGCUGAUAAUUCAAUUCUCUCCUUGGGAAACUAUGCGGAAGCCGGGAUCUGUGGGUCGGGAGCAUCAUACGAUGUCUCGAUCCUCUCCCUACGUGCUGAAAUUGAGAAGAUGGGAAAGGAGUUGAAGUUAACUGAAAAGAAGUAUGGUGCCGUAAAAGAACAGCGGGAUGAACAAGUUGAAAGGAACUCCAACCUAAAACAACAUUUGUUAUAUUGGAAAGGGAAGUAUGAGAAGCUGAAGAGCAUUGCUGAGAAGAAAACACAAGAAAUACAACCUUCCCAACCCCUGACAGAUGUAGACGGCAAUACAAGUCACGUACAUAGCAGUGACAGUGAGGGAGGGGCACCACCCCCACCACCACUGCAGUACCAAGAUACAUUGCGUGACAGGAUGUUGGAUAUUUUGACCAACAAGAAGAAACGAAAAGAAGAAGAAGACGAUCCAGAACAGUGCUCUACACAGUGAGGAGAACUAUCGUCAUGAAAUGCCAUUUAUUGGACAACAGAUACUCUUUCCAAUAUCACGUUUAUAGCGUUUGUGACACCCUUAUUACGUUAUGCGCGUAACGUGUCCAAUGUUGAAAAGGAGAUCCUAGUUAUGCAUUUCUUUGGUCGCGCCUGAUAUCACUCGUCAACGGAAGUGGCCCCCCAAGCUUUCUCCUAAUACAUGAUUUGUCAACUGUGUCCUUUUUUAUGAUAGUAAUAAAGCCGGGUUUAUAUAUCUCUAUUUGCUUGGUUUAUUAAGCUUUUUUUCCAGAGGAUAGUUUUAUUAAGUCAGCUUUAGCUCAAGCUACCAAUUUUAUCAGCAGUGCUCAGUUCCAUGGCAUUGAAGGAAUUGAUCCCACUGGUUACCUAUUUAAAGGACAAGUCCACCCCAGCAAAAAGUUGAUUUGAAUAAAAAGAGAAAAAUCAAACUAGAAUAACGCUG